CACCUGCAUAUAGUUAAUAUCAGAGGACUCGUGAAAGGAAAGUUUGGCUCUCAAAUACGAGCAUUUUUCAUGUGACUACUACAGAUCUUUUUGAAUGUAAGAUCAUAUCUGGACCAAGACCACGGGAGAGCUUCAAGUCAUUCAUGGACACGGGGAGGAACUUCUCGCAUUGAUCAGCCAUAAAAUAGGAUGUUUGUUUGUUGCUGUUGUUUUUCCCCCAUAUAAUUCUUGAUUGUGCAUAUAUUUUAUAAGAGAUGGCAUGGCAUCCCUGUUUUCUCCGCUGGUUCCGAUGGCUUCGGUAGGACGAUAUUAAUGUGGGUGGACCUUGGCGCAUCUCCAACGGAUAUUUUUUAGGGGGGCUGGAGGAUCGGGCUAUUUACUACAGCUUUGUAGUACUUUUUACAUCUAAACCAGCGGACAUCUAAACCAGUUUUUUUAACGCUAGCACCAGAGAUAUUCUACCUCCUUUGUCAGGAUAUAAUGGCCGAGGACGCAGCUAUAGAUAGGCUGAGCAGUGCAACUGCGAUUGGAAAUCUUAAAGAAAUUGAGCAGACACUGCAAAGCAACGUGAACGUUAAUGAGAAGAACAAGUACGGCAGGACACCAUUACAGGUGAUGAAACUUGGCUGUCCGUGCAUAGCGGAGGCGCUGCUUCGAGCGGGCGCCGAUCCAAACGCGCGGGACCCCAUCCUACGACUGACCGUCAGUCACGAUGCCGCGCGAGACGGAUAUCUGGACACUCUACGGGUGCUCGCGCAGAACGGAGCUGAUGUCAAUCUCCCUGACAACGACGGCAACCUGCCUCUGCAUCUGGCGGCGCGUGAGGGACACCUGGCUGUUGUGCAGUAUCUCGUAUCUGACUGCAGCACGCCGCCUUUUGUGCCUAACGCAAAAGGCUACACGCCUCGUGACCUGGCGCUCAUGCACAAAAAACACAGAACUGUUGAGUGGCUGGAGAACAUUGCGCCUUCACAAUCCAGCUAGAGAUUAUGACUAUGGGCCUGUGUGUUUUGUUGUGUAACAGAGGUAGCAGACAAACAAUGAGUGAGCGAGUUAUUGCAUUGCAAACAUUUCAGCCAACUACCUCUCAUUGCAUUGUAAAAUAUUGGGCUCAGGGGCGUGUCUGUUUGUGAAGAACAAUUAACUUUUCAGUUGACUUUGCAUGUUAUUCACAUUGCCCACAAAUUCAACUGGCUAAGUGGAUUUCA